AUGGACACUCCAAUCGUUCCCGUGACGCCACCCUCUUUCUUUCCGGUGUCAAACCCCACGCACGCAUUCUGGACGCACGGCUCCCCCGACGCCAACCCUCUGGCCCGCGAAGGUAGCACUGGCGAUCUUCAUAAGAAUGUGGAUGUCGCUAUCAUAGGCAGCGGUAUCACGGGCGUCUCGAUCGCCUAUCAUCUUGCGAACUUGGUGAAGGCGAAGAACGGGCAGUCGAAGGAGCCGCUCAAGGUCGCGAUCUUCGAGGCCAGGGACUUCUGUUCUGGAGCUACUGGUAGGAACGGCGGACACCUCACAUCCAAAGGUCCCUACGAGUUUGCGUACGACCUCGAACGCUUCGGUAUAGCGGACGCCAUCCGUCAAGUACAGAUCGAGGACUAUACCGUCUCCGAGGUCCAAAAAGUCAUACGCGAGCAUGGCCUUGAGGCGAAGGUCGACUUUCAGGAGUAUGGGAGGGUGACGGUACUCGGGAGUGAGGAAGAGUAUGAGGAGCUGAGGGCGUCGGUUGAGGCUGCGAAGAAAGCGAAGGUGGAUGUAAGGGAGCAUGUGUUCCUUGAUAAGGAGGAGAUGCUGAAGCGGUACGGCAUUGAAGAGCGCGGGUUCGUCCAGCCAGGGUCGAACCUCUGGCCGCUCAAACUCGUCACGGAGCUCUACACCAUCGCUCAAAACAUCACGCCAAAUUUGUCCCUCACGCUCCACACGCACACUCCAGUGCACUCUGUCGUCGCCACGGGGUCCGCCGGGCGCUGGAACCUAUCGACCCCACGUGGAUCAGUAACAGCAACGCGAGUCGUACACGCAACAAACGCAUACCUCCCGUACCUCAUCCCACACAUGUCCUCGCAGAUCGUCCCAACGCGUUCCCAACUCAUCGCCUUCCGCGCCAACGCAGACAGGCCCAUCCCUCAUCCAGCCAUAGCCGUCAACAACGAGUCGGAUUACUGGUUCCCUCGACCGGCUGAGCCCGGGGAGGGGCAGGUGAUCAUCGCGGGAGGAUGUAGACGCUAUGCGGGCCCGCCGUACGCGAGUGGGACGGUCGAUGAUGGAGAGGUGGAUGGGAAGGUUGGGACGGCGCUAAGAAGGUUGCUGCCUGAGGUGUUCCCUGAUGCGUUCGAUACGGAGGAGGUUGAGGCUGAGAUGGAGUGGACGGGCAUCAUGGGCUAUCCGUCGACAGGCUGUCCAUUCGUUGGACCACUCCUCGACGAGUCUGGUACGCUGGUGAAAGGCCAAUACAUUUGCGGCGCGUAUCGAGGCCAUGGUAUGCCUCGCGCGUAUGCUUGUGCGGAGGCUGUGGCGAGAAUGGUGGCUGGUGAUAUUGGCGCGACGGGGAAGUGGGAACUUCCGGAGUGGUUGCCACGGUGCUAUUUGACAGUGCUGCCGCCUGGGGCUCCCCAGGAGAAGAUCAGGGAGUAG